AUGUCCUCCUUCUUCUUCUCCACGCCAGUCGACAUUGACAUCGUCCUUGACAAUGCCGAUGACCGCCAGACAGUCGAUGUCAAGCUCGACAAGAACCGACGAGAAAAGGCGCCCCUAUAUCUCGAUGGCGAGUCGGUCAAGGGUGCGGUGACAAUCAGACCCAAGGAUGGGAAGCGGUUAGAGCAUACAGGCAUCAAAGUCCAGUUCGUGGGUCUAAUAGAGAUGUUCUUCGAUCGCGGAAACCACUACGAGUUCCUCUCUUUAGGCCAGGAGCUCGCAGCUCCGGGCGAACUGCAACAUCCCCAGACUUUCCCCUUCAACUUCAAGAACGUCGAGAAGCAAUAUGAAUCAUACAAUGGUAUCAACGUCAAGCUUCGCUACUUUAUCCGCGUGACUGUUUCCAGAAGAAUGGCGGAUGUGAUACGAGAGAAAGACAUUUGGGUAUACACAUACCGAAUACCCCCCGAGACGAACAGCUCGAUCAAGAUGGAUGUCGGCAUCGAGGAUUGCCUGCACAUUGAGUUUGAGUAUUCCAAGAGCAAAUACCACCUAAAAGACGUCAUCGUCGGCAGAAUAUACUUCUUGCUGGUCAGAUUGAAGAUCAAGCACAUGGAGUUGUCCAUCAUUCGAAGAGAGACGACGGGAGUUGCUCCAAACCAGUACAACGAAAGCGAGACGUUGGUACGAUUUGAGAUUAUGGAUGGGUCUCCAUCACGAGGAGAAACGAUACCAAUCCGCUUGUUCCUAGGUGGUUUCGAUCUUACGCCAACGUUUCGAGACGUCAACAAGAAGUUCUCCACCAGAUAUUACUUGAGCCUGGUUUUGAUUGAUGAAGAUGCACGACGAUACUUUAAGCAAUCCGAAAUUGUGCUUUAUAGACAGGCACCCGAGCUCGCUCCCCAGUUAGCCCUGGACAACCCAACCAUUGGUGGGAAACUACCCGACCCAGCGCCGCCGGUACCUGCUUGA